AGUCGGCUGCUGGACCGUUAUCGCGGUCGCUGCGGGCCCCGCUUGUUCUCUGUAGUUAGUGACUUGCUGCUGAGACCUCUUGACCGCCGCUGGGCCCGGGGAGGGGCUGCCGAAGGCCCCAGCCUCGCGCCCACGGAGGCCCUGUGGUGGGCGGAGUAGCAGGAACAGUGAGCAGAAUGAACACAUCCCUGGAACAGAGUGGCUGCUACAGUAAUAGAGAAACUCUUCUGAGGUGCAGUGAUGCAAGGAGGGAGCUGGAGCUUGCUAUUGGUGGAGUACUUCGGGCUGAACAGCAAAUUAAAGAUAAUUUACGAGAGGUAAAAGCUCAGAUUCACAGCUGCAUAAGUCGCCACCUGGAAUGCCUUCGGAGCCGAGAGGUGUGGCUCAAUGAACAGGUCGAUCUCAUCUAUCAGCUUAAAGAGGAGACACUGCAGCAGCAGGCUCAGCAGCUCUAUUGGGUAAGCUAAUGGGCCAAUUCAAUUGUCUUAUUCAUCAACUGGAGUAUACUCAGAACAAAGAUCUUGCCAAUCAAGUCUCUGUGUGCUUGGAGAGACUGGGCAGUUUGGCCCUGAAGCCUGAAGAUUCAACUGUCCUACUCUUUGAAGCAGAUACAUCUGCUCUGCGCCAGACCAUCACCACAUUUGGAUCCCUUAAGACCAUUCAAAUCCCUGAGCAUCUGAUGGCUCACGCGAGCUCCUCAAGUAUUGGGCCUUUCCUAGAGAAAAGAGGCUAUAUCCAGGUGCCAGAGCAGAAGUCAGCAUCCAGUGGCACAGCUGUAUCUCUGAGUGAGUGGCUUCUUGUAAGCAAACCUGCCAUUGGUCUUCAGGCUCCUUAUGUACCCAGUACCAACCCACAGGACUGGCUUAUCCCAAAACAGACUUCAGAGAAUAGUCAGACUUCUGCCAGAGCCUGCAGUUUCUUCAGCGAUGCCUGGGGCAAUCUGAAGGGCUUAGAAAAUUGGCUCCUUAACAGUCAUCAACAAGAAAUUGCUGGAAAACCAAGUUCCUCAAAAUGUAACAGCCAUUGUAGCACCAGUUCUUUCUCUCCUGAAGCUGAAAAGGCUGAAGAUGUAGAGCUCCUUGAUCAAGACGAGCUGGACCUGUCUGAUUGGUUGGUGACUCCUCAGGAACCCUGUGAGCUGGAGAAGCCUGUGGAUGGCAGCUGGGAAACCAGCGAGAAGUUUAAACUCUUGUUCCAGGUGUUCAGAGAGCCCUACAAUGUGAGUGAUUGGCUUGUCAAGCCUGACUCCUGUACCAACUGUCAGGGCAACCAGCCUAGAGGUGUGGAGAUUGAGAACCUGGGCAAUCUGAAAUGCCUAAAUGACCACUUGGAGGCCAAAAAAUCAGUGUCGGUCCCCGGCGCAACAAUCAGCGACGGCUGGCUUGCCCAGAACCAUCAGGACACAUGGAAAGUAGAGGAAGUGUGUAAAGCCAACGAGCCCUGCACCAGUUUUGCAGAGUGUGUGUGUGAUGACAACUGUGAGAAGGAAGCCAUGUAUAAAUGGCUUCUGAAGAAGGGAGGAAAGGACAAGAAUGGAAUGCCUAUGGAACCUAAAUCUGAGCCUGAGAAACACAGAGAGUCCCUGACACUGUGGCUCUGCCCUUCCAGAAAUGAGCUAACAGAACAAGCUAAGGCACCCAAGGCUAUGGCUCCUGCUAGAAUUGCUGAUUCCUUCCACGUCAUAAAGAAUAGUUCCUUGUCAGAGUGGCUUAUGGGGCCUACGUGCAAAGGAGGCCCUAAGGACGUGCCUAAUACAGAGGAGAGAGCUGGCAAAGAGAUGCUUCAAAGCUCCAUGGCCACUUCCUGGUGUCCCUUUAACACUGCCGACUGGGUUUUACCAGGAAAGAAAGUGGGAAGCCUCAGCCAGUUCCCCUCUGGAGAAGAUAAGUGGCUACUUCGAAAGAAGGCACAGGAAGCAUUUCUUAAUUCACCCCUACAAGAAGAACGUAACUUUCGCCCCGACUGUUACGGCCUCCCAGCAGUUUGUGAUCUCUUUGCCUGUAUGCAGCUUAAGGUUGAUAAAGAAAAAUGGCUGUACAGAACUCCUCUACAGAUGUGAAGGAACAGACUACCAGAAUCGAGCAGCUUUCCUGCAGAUUAUUGCACAUCCUUGAGCUGAGUGACUGCGAUUUGCCAAACCAUUGUGCAUUCCAAGCCUGACUAGUCAGCUUAGUUCCUCUCCUGCUUAGUUUUGAACUAGUAAACAGAAGUCAUAAACUAUGAGUUAAGUCUGUGAAAGAGGCUUCAAGUGGAGGUGAUUCAUUCUUUUGAAAGCCGUAACGUGCGUAACUUGAUCAACUCCCGUACUAGAAACCACAUCCCGGUACACAGGCCUUUACCAGCUUUUCUACAGCCAACACUAGUUUUAAAAGUGAAAUAUUCCUAUAUCAAGUGUGUUAAUGUGUUCAAGGUAAUAAGUUCUCUAACAUUUGUCUUUUAGCUGUUUCUCAUUACAGGCUUCUAGAGAUUUGAAAAUUUUUUUUGUUCAGUUGAUAUAUAGAAUAUUUCACACAAAUAGUUAACCUUGCCAAUACAGUAUAUUUUUCCCUACUAAAUGUCUAUUAGUUAUAUUGCAAAUUUUGAUACUCAUCAGAUAUUUAGCCUACAUACCAUUUCUAACAUUUCUCAUUUGGAAGAAAUUAAGCUAUUAUAGUUGUUGCCUUUAUUUCUUUCCAGUAUCCAGUGAGCUCUUUGAAAGGGACUUUGUUUUAAGACCACUCUUAGGGCAGUCAGAGCUCUUAAAGUCCUACAAACCUCGGCUUUAACUAAAGUGAACCCUAAAGCAGAAAGGUAAAAAGUGUUAGGAAUGCAGUACCCGAACCACUGGUCAUCCUAAGGAUUUCUUGGUGCAUCCUGUGUAAAUGGAAGCUGAGCUUGACACCUGGUGCUCUUAACUAGGGAUAAAGUCAAUGUCCUGUUACUUCAAGCACAGCAUCCUGAACCUCCUAAAGUACAGUGCAGUGACAUCUUGAUUACCAGGCUGUGCUCAACACUGUGCCUUGGAGUGUCUCACCGAGACUUCACAGAACUGAUAUCCUUGAGUUCUGUAUUCUAGAAAGCUUCUCUAAGGAUUUAUCUUUUACAGUUCCCAAGGAUAAAUUAGUUGCUUUCUAUUCUUUGAACUAUUAAUAUUAAGCCUCUGAAAUGCCUAUGCUAUUGGAAGUACUUUUGGGAAAAUUUUAUGGUCCCAUAGUGACAUUACCAUACAGCUUUACUGAAGCUCCAAAUCAUAGCUGAAAAGAACCUCAUAUUUUCUUAUGUCCCUCAAGAUGCCACUGAGUAUUAUAAAGUUGGUAGGUAAAGACAAUUUAAGGAGCCUUUCCAACAUUUUAGGUUGCAGGGAACUUUGUAGUUUCUUUUUUGAGGUCUAACACUGUAUUCACAUUAUUAAAACAUAAUUUAAGUUAAUCACUUGCUAAUGAUAUAUAAAACUUUCUUUUGCAUUAAGUUUUAAAUCUCCAUUAAAAGCAUAAUGGACACAUCA